AGACAGACUUGGUCUGAACUUGGGCCAACCCUGGAGUCUCUAGGUGCUGGCUCCAGCCAGGAGUCUUUGCUUGCACCCAGGAGCGGAAGUGCAGGGUGUGGAGCUCGCAGCUGGGGAGUGGGUGUGCUGGGAGGGCAGCCUCUCUCUCUUCCUGUGGCUGUUCUUCCCCCCAUCUUGGACCAGCUGAGAUCCUGUGCUCCUCUGCAGCUCUUGCUCGGUGGCCCUCUACCAGCCAGAUCUGGCUCACACUGUGGCUGUCUCUUGUUUCCCAGUUUUCUGUGGUUCCAGAGAUUGCAUCACAGACUGGUACACAUUGGGAGUAUCCCAAACAAGACUGACAGGACCACUCUGGCUGCGAUGGGAAAACGAGAAAGUCGGAGGGGAGAAUCGGGGAGAAGAGCACUGCAAAACUCUAGAAGAGGUUUUCUGGGCUGUGGAGCCAGGUUGUUCUUCAGCCACAGAAGUGAAGGUGACACAUACAUUGGAAGAAACCUGGAGCCCAGUGGCCAUCAGCUCAGCUGAAUGAAGCUCAGGGUGGAAAGUAGGUACUGAGAAAGCCAUUCUCAGAGAAGAGCCUUGUGGCAGAGACAGCUUAUGGCUUAUGCCCUUGCUUCUUUGACCUUCUUAUAUUCAGUAUCUGGCCAGAGAACGGUGAGUAAAGACAGUGGGGUUACUUUUAGGUCCUGGCAUUUACUGGUGGGUGAGGGUCUUCCCUUCCCUUCCCUCCCUCUCCCCUCUCUCUUUCUCUUCUGCUAUAAUACGAUAAAAGAGGACUGGAUCCAUUCCUGAGUCACCAUGCAAUGCGGCCUGACCAAAACUCACUGAAACCUGAAGCUUUUUUUGAGCCACUUCCAGCUUCCUGAGGUCUUAGUCCUUGGUGUUGCUUGGGUCCAGGAAGACUUACAACUCUGGGAAGGAGCCUUGGGCUGCUUUGUUGGGGGCCAUUACAUCCCUGUGAGUUGAUGAUGAUUCCCCAGUGGUGGAAACCAGGUGGGAGCUGGACUCAGCUCCUCAGCUCUGUCCUGGGAGGAAACAAGAGAGUCUCAGUUAAUUACAGUCUUCAUAACUGAAAAUUGGCAUCAUCUCAGCAUUGGGUUGAAGUCCGGACUUCCACCUUUGACUGGCGUGGAGUUCUUCCGCAAAUGAAGUACACAGCGCAUCCUGACAGGCAAAACUCAACAAAAUGAAACCAGGAGGCUUCUGGCUGCAUCUCACAGUGCUUGGGGUCUCCCUGCCCGCUGCACUGGGAUGGAUGGACCCAGGAACCAGCAGAGGCCUGAAUGUCAGUAGCGGGGAGUCGCAAGCAGAGGAAUCCAGAAGCUUUGAAGUCACAAGAAGAGAAGGAUUUCCUGGCCAUGGGCCACUGGCCUCCUGCAGGAAGAAGCUGUGUGGCCGAGGGAGCCAGUGUGUGCUCAGCAGAGAGACCGGGGAGCCCUUCUGCCGGUGCUUGGAAGCGUGCAGGCCCCGCUACCUGCCCGUGUGUGGCUCUGACGGGCGGCUCUAUGAGAAUCACUGUGAGCUCCACCGGGCCGCCUGCCUGCUGGGAAAGAGAGUUGCCGUCAGGCACAGCAAAGACUGUUUCCUCAAAGGUAACAUGUGCACCAUGGCCGGCUAUGCCCGCCUGAAGAACGUCCUUCUGGCGCUGCAGACCCGUAGGCAGCCACUGCGAGCAGGUGACCGCAGACCAGACCCUGCCUCCCAGAAGCGCCUGCUGGUGGAAUCUCUGUUUAAGGACUUGGACACAGAUGGAAACGGACACCUCAGCAGCUCCGAACUGGCUCAGCACGUGCUGAAGGAGCAGGACCUGGAUGGGGACCUGCAGGGAUGCUCGCCAGGUGACCUCCUCCGAUUUGACGACUACAACAGUGACAGCUCCCUGACCCUUCUCGAGCUCUACACUGCUUUCCAGGUGAUUCAGCUCAGCCUUGCCCCCGAGGACAGGGUCAGUGUGACUACCGUGACCGUGGGACUGAGCUCGGUGCUGACCUGCGCCAUCCGCGGGGACCUGAGGCCUCCCAUCGUCUGGAAGCGCAACGGGCUCACCCUGAACUUCCUGGACUUGGAAGACAUCAAUGACUUCGGGGAGGAGGACUCCCUGUACAUCAGCAAGGUGACCACCGUCCACAUGGGCAACUACACCUGCCACGCCGCCGGCCAUGAGCAGCUGUUCCAGACCCACGUCCUGCAGGUGAAUGUGCCACCAGUCAUCCGCGUCUACCCAGAAUCCCAGGCACAGGAGCCCGGGGUGGCGGCCAGCCUGAGAUGCCACGCGGAGGGCAUCCCCAUGCCCAGAAUCACUUGGCUGAAAAAUGGCAUGGAUGUCUCGGCCCAGAUGUCCAAACAGCUCUCUCUUUUGGCCAACGGGAGCGAGCUCCACAUUGGCAGCGUUCGGUAUGAAGACACAGGCGCAUAUACCUGCAUUGCCAAGAAUGAAGUGGGUGUGGACGAAGACAUCUCCUCACUGUUCAUCGAGGACUCGGCCAGGAAGACCCUGGCAAACAUUCUUUGGAGAGAGGAAGGCCUCAGUGUGGGAAACAUGUUCUACGUCUUCUCUGACGAUGGCAUUGUGGUCAUCCACCCUGUGCACUGUGAGAUCCAGAGGCACCUCAAACCCACAGAGAAGAUUUUCAUGAGCUACGAAGAAAUCUGUCCCCGAGAAGGAGACGCCACCCAGCGGUGCCAGUGGGCAUCUGCAGUCAACGUCAGGAACCGGUACAUCUACGUGGCCCAGCCAGCACUGAGCAGAGUCCUUGUGGUCGAUGUUCAAGCCCAGAAAGUCCUACAGUCCAUAGGUGUGGACCCUCUGCCAGCUAAGCUAUCCUAUGACAAGUCGCAUGACCAGGUGUGGGUCCUGAGCUGGGGGGAGAUGCACAAGUCCCAGCCAAGCCUGCAGGUGAUCACAGAAGCCAGCGCUGGCCAGGGCCAGCACCUCAUCCGAACACCUUUUUCAGGAGUGGAAGAUUUCUUCAUUCCCCCAACAAACCUCGUCAUCAACCACAUCAGGUUUGGCUUCCUCUUCAACAAGUCUGAGCCUGCGGUGCACAAAGUCGACCUGGAGACUCUGAUGCCACUCAAGACCAUCAGCCUGGGGCAGCACGGCUGUGUGCCUGCAGCCAUGGCGCACACCCACCUGGGCGGCUACUUCUUUGUGCAGUGCCAGCAGGACAGCCACACCCCUGCCAGCCCACAGCUGCUCAUCGACAGUGUGACGGACUCUGUGCUGGGUCCCAAUGGAGACGUGACGGGCACCCCCCAUGUGUCCCCCGACGGGCGCUUCAUCGUCAGUGCCGGCACCAGCAGCACCCGGCUGUACGUGCAGGAGGUCACGGCGCGGGGGGAGAUCCAGACCCUCUACGACCUGAGAGUGAGCCCGGGUAUCUCCGACUUGGCCUUCCAACGCUCCUUCACCGAGGGUAAUCAGUACGACAUCUACGCCACUCUGGAGGCGGCGCCCGGGCUGCUCUUCCUGGAGCUGUCCACUGGGAAGGCGGGCGUGCUGAAGAACUUGAAGGAGCCACCCACGGGGCCCGCCUGGCCCUGGGGGGGACCCCGCAGGAUCCUGAGGGACAGCGGGCUGUUCGGACAGUACCUGCUCACACCCGGCCAGGAGUCUCUGUUCCUGGUCAGCGGGAGGCGGAACGCACUGCGGUGCCAGGUGGCGGGCGUGAGGCAGGCGGCCGCCGUGGUGUGGGUGGGCGAGGUCUGAGGGAGCCCAGGCCUGGCAGCGCUGGGCAGUCCUGACGCCUCAGCCCCAAGCGGGCACGCUACCCAUUUCACAGACAAAAGCAAACACCCGUAUCCGCCUUGUGGUUCAACACUGAUCUCCUUGCAAGUCUCCUAGUAUAAGGUAUGCGCUGCUCCUGAGCCCGGGGUCUUUUCAUUAGGAAGAAUGAUUUUCGUCUUGAGCUACGACGAGAACACUGCUGCUGUGUAAAGGAAUCUUUGCUGUACCGGGCUGCAGGCCAAAUCACCUGGGUUUGCCACGACCCAAAAGCCCCCGCUUUCCAGGCUGACACACCUGUCGGCUGCCUUCCCGUGUCACUGUCCUGUCCCACAGACCCUGAAGCAGCCGCCAAAGGCAGGGCUGAGCAGGAGCAGGAGCAGGACCCUCCCUCCCAGGGGCCAGGGCCAUCACCCCUGGCUCGGGACCACUUCCUCUUUCUCAGCUGCUGCUUGCUUUCCUUCCCACCUGACUUGUAAGCCUGAGGGAGAGCCAAUGUGACUGACUGACUGCACCUUGGGGGAAGGGGAAAUCACUCACUUUAUUUUGGAAAUUUUUGAUUAAAAAAUAAUUUUUUAUAAUCUCAAAUGCUAGUAAGCAGAAAGACGCCCUUCAAGGUUCGGCUGUAUUCUUCCCUGCCUUAGGCCACGUCUCUGAGGAUCACAGUGGCACAUUCCACAGCCGGAAAGAACAAUGGGUAUCCAGCCGCAGCAGCCUGCUGUGCCGUUGCCCCCACUCCCUGAAUGCAGAUCAGACCACCACACUGGCGAAGACUCUGUCCUAUUCGGGGAACCCCGAGAGACUGGGACAAGCCCUGCAUGCCUGCUCCUCACCAUGAAAAGGGGAUGUUUCAUUUGUCAGGCCCGGUACCCCAGAUUCAGGGCGGACUCAUGCCACCUGGCCAGGUGCAGGUGGCCUCUGAGCUCAGUGCAGAAGCCCCAAGGACAUGAGCCCCGGGCUCGGGAGGCCGCACCUCUGAAAGCUGGGUUUCUUUUCUGCCUGUGGCCCCGACACUUGGCUCUGGGGCCCCAGCCCCACACAGCGCUGCACAUGCUUUCUGACUUGAUCCCUCCGUAAGCCCCACAGGCUUGGGAGAGGUGGUCCCGCCCCAGACACCUCAGCUGAUUUAGCCACCUUCACCUGCCAAUGUUGCUAUGAUCCUGCAAACACAGACUGUAUCACUCUCCAUACACCCAGUCCCUUCUCCGCUCCUGACUGCCCAAGCCGCCUGCCCCUGGGCCAGUUUCCACAUCGGCCAUACCUCUCCUACAUCUCCUGUCUCUUGGGCCACGAAGUCCCUGUCCCAUACGACUCCCAGGAGUGUGCCUACAUGCGUGUUCACAUUGUUGAUUUUUUUUUUUUAAGGUAAGACAUGCAGAUAGAUUGGGAAUACUGAGGUCCAAAGCUGGGGUGAAGGCUAGCACAUCUUGCCUCUUUUUUCCAGCCUCAAUAUCUUGAUAUAUUAAUUCCCAAACUCCCAUUUUAUCACUGAAAUUCUCCAGUGUUCAUGAACCUCUCCUUUUGGUGAAAUACCAUCAGCCCCUGACAGAAGACGAGCCUCUGAGCCUCAAGGAGGAAGAAGAGCCCUCUCCCCAACUACGAGGCCAGAACCUCAGCACCUCGGGGUCACAGGAUUCCCAAGGAAAAGACCAAUCCAAUCCAGGCUGGCCUUCUAGCCAGGGAGUGCUGGCAUUGAGUUACACCCCAACCACUCCUUUGCCACUGUUCCUUCCAUCUCUGAGUGCGCCUGGGAAGCGUGCCUGCCAAUCACUGUCCUCACAGUAAAGGUCUGGGAAAUGGUGCCCACCACAGGUCUCCUGCCAGCAGGAAGGACAAGACUGAGAGCAGGAAAUCGCAGGCCUAAAGCCUGGUUCAGAGCUGCAAGGUCCCAGUCCCCGGAUGCAGAGGCACAAAAGCAGGAGAACAAAUUUUUCUAGCACUGAAACCAAUAGAUCUGCCGUGAUGGGAGGCAGGGGACAGUCAGCCAGAGCUUGCCUGACCUUCCUCCCCACUUCAGCCCCUGAAGAAGCUCUUACACACAGUCUGAAAGCCACAAAGGGAGCCGACAUGACCACAGGUGGGCUUUCUCUACCAAACCGGCAAGUGGUCCUGCUGACAAGAGCCAAGAUCAACUAACAGCUUGCACUAUUAAAGGAAGGCUGAUCUACCAAAAGAAUCACCAAAAAGCUACUUACAUAAACAUAAUUAGUAAUUGUGAAGUACAGCUGAUUUCACAAAAAUUCAGUAGUUCUCUUUUUCCAGAAUAACGAACACAAAUGGUGUGAACCCAUGGCAAUAUAGAGGCUUUGAAAUGGAGGUUCCGGUUUUCUGUCUGGCCAAACAGGCAGGACUCUGCAUGAAGUUUCUAGAUCCAAAAGCUCAACCAGCCAACCCCAAAUGGACAGCAUGGCGAGAGAUGUUCGGCUUCUGGCCAACAGAAGGAACCUCCUGCAUAAGCAGGCCUGAGGGCAGGCCAUACCUGACUUGGCGAAGGCCACUGCCAGCCUCAGCCACACUGACCUAGCUCUGCCUGGAGCUGGCCCACACUGAUUUCUUCCAUCCCAAGCCACUCGCAUGUCUGGCUCCCUUGCCCAGUCCACAGGAGUAAGUCGGAAGAGCCUUCCAAAGUCUUGGCUGGGGCCAACUACUCAGACCAACCCCCCCCACCCCCUGCCCGGUCCACUGACCCACAGUAGCACUGGCAGAGACAGAGCUCAGUGCCUGUGCUCCCCACCCCACCCAGCCAUCGCCCCAUCUCCCUGCUCGUGUGUGCCAAAAAAGGGCUCCCAGCUCCAGGGAGACACCCAGGAACAUAGCAUGCAACCCCAAAUAAAGCCGAGAACAGCCUGCUACCCAGGAGCAUUGUAACCGCCGAGUCUCCAUUUAGGAAGGCAGCCAGGAACUGGCUUUGUAGGGCACAUCUUGUUUUCUACUGACCAAUAACCUGUGAACUAAAGGAGAUUUCAGAACUGAGAUGUGAAACAGAUUCAUUCUGGAUAUAUUUUUCUACAAGGGGCUUAGAAGUGUAGUAGAUUCAUUUUUCACAAUGUGUGUCAUUCAAAUGCCGUGGACCCUGGACCAUCUUCCCUAGGAAAACCCCACACGUCUCCAGCCCUCCCCUUCAGGCCUCCAGGGGAGCUGCGGGCUCCCCCUCCCUCCUAUGCAUCCACCAAUCUACCUCACAUUGUCCCCCCAGCACCACCCGAAUAUGCGGCCCUCGGGCCAGGAGGCCACACAGGGGAUGUAGAUGACCACAGUGCUGACCAGGAAGUCCCCUGCCCACCUCCCCACCCAGCACCCCUGAUCCCACUCCAAGCGCAAUCAGAACCCAUCAGGACACAGCCCCGCGCUGCCCAGAAUCACCCCCCAGACCCAGACACACAGUCUGUGGGAGUUAGGAGAUCACGAGUAGAGAACGCUCACUCAGAGCUAUCAGGGGAGCUGCUUUGUCCGCAAGAGGAGGCCCGGACAUCUCAGCGGAGCCUCAUCUCUUGGGGAGGGAGCUUCCUGGCCUCCCUCCACUCCUGCCCAUGCUCUCCCUUUCUUGUGCCCCACCCUAGGUCUCACACCCUCUGCUCAUGAGCCACUCCAGGGCAGGUGCGACCAUCCAGGAGCAAGGACCUUCCCACCGCAAGCCCCCGGCGGCCCCUACCCAGAGGGCUUCCUUGCUUUGGGUUCCAGUGAAAAGCUGCUCAAAGGCCAGAUGCUAUGAUCUGCUCUGAGACUGGCGUGUAGGCAUAGCAGUUUUGUUCAAGAAAGUCAGUAACUGCCUCGUUUUCUCUCCACAUCACAGGGAUCAUAAAACAGAGAAGCUUAAAAGAUUUAAAGGGGAAAAAAUACAGUGCCUAUCCUCAGGGUGUGACUACAAGACUCCGAGAAGCUGGUGGACCACAAGCCCCCUUCCCUUUUCUCCUCACCAGCUUACCUGCCAAGUCACUGGAGGAUCUGAACAUCUUACCUGGGCCUGCAGGCUUUGGGCAUGAGCCACCCGGCAGAUACUCAGAGCUGAGCAAGCACUGUCUUAGGCCUCUGCGUCCUCCUUCAGGUCUGUGGGCAGCCAGCAGGGAAGCCUAAUCUAAUCGAUAUGGAGUGUGGAACUAUGGGAAAUUCAGGGAGAGUGGGGAUUAACUCCCAAAAUCCAUAGUGAGGCUUCCUGGGCCAGCACCAGAGUGUCUACCCUGUUUCUUGUUUUCUACACCAAGUCCCAGUUCACACACCCUUCUAUUUAGACUCAUGCUGAUGGAUAUGGGACCAUCUUUCUCCCAUGUGGCCCCACAGAAGUGAGCCCUGCCCUGGAGGGCUGUGGAGCACUCCGCCCACACUCCACAAGGCAGUCUCUGUGGUCUGGCCCCAUCCCAAGCCUGGUGACACCACGUGUCACUACAGCAGCAGCAGAGCAUGCUGCUCUUUGGAGGCACUGCCUUCAAAUCAGGGCUGUUUCUGAGUAAGGGUGACCAAUACAGAAUUGGCUGGUUGGGGGGCCAAGAAUUCCAAGAUGAGAAAAUUUGCUAAGCCUCGCUGCCUGGCCCCCAGGGCUGGCCAGCCCUCUCCCUUCCUACCCUCGCCCCAUCGCUUCCCACCUUUCUGCUGCUGCUUGUGCUUUCUGAAGGUCAUGUGAGAGGACCUCAAAGCAGAACUGGGCAUGGAGUUUUGCUGAAGUGGUCACGCACACUGACUCAUGCUAUCGUGUUAUCAAAUGACCCUCAAGACAUGAAGCCACACACAUCUGUUAAGAUUCUCACCCCUCCCCACCUCAGAAAACUUUCAGAUCUCUCAUCUGUCAAGCUUCUGUCAAGGCAGGUUGCAUUAUUUUGAGCAGUUGUGUAAACUCCGAAAUAUAUUUUCUGUAAUCACCGGUAUUUCUUGAAAGGUCUCCUGUAAUUAUACAUGUGAAUUUUUCCUUGUUUAUAAAAUAUAUAUAAAUUAUUUUUAAUACAUCAACUUUAGUAGAAAUUUGUACCAACACAGUAGCAGUAUGUGGCAUUUGAAAUAAGUUUGUGUUUACUUUGACGUAUGACAUUGGUAUUGAACACAUGACGUAUUUGCAGUACCACUUGAUUUUUAAAAAAUGACUCACAGAUUAUCAUAAAGUAUUGUCAUUGUAAAUGCUCUUUUUCUGAGGAUUUUACAAUAAAACGUGAGGAAAGUGA